ACACAACAAAACGCGUACUGGAUGUGUUGUGUGUUGCUUAGUUGAUAUUUCAAUCAAUCGCUAAAUUUGUAUCGUACGUGAGUGUAGCAUAGUUUUUUCGGUGCGGUUCCUGCUGCCAUCGAUACCGUUCGUGGCGCGUUCGUACGCGUGUAAGUUCGCGCUGGUAAGAUGGUUUGAAAAGUUUUAAAUUGUGUGUACUGUUUAAACCAUGUGUCUUGUGUAUCGAAAAAACCAAUGAGAAAUGUGUAAAAUCACCCGUGCUACAUACUGAUACAUCAAUUAUUCGCAACCGGCUGUCAAUGAAGGAUGCGAAUAUACAGUGGUAUUUUGUGUACUGUUUUGGGUGUAAACCAUUAAUAGCUGCUUCUAAACUGGUGACAGUCAGCUGCCGUCCCCACCGCACUCCGCUUGGCUCCGGGACAUCGCCGUUGUUCCAGUGAAGAUUUGUUCGCAUUUGCGCCGUGUCCCCAGCGUGCGCUGCUGCCUGCCCAUCGUUAGUAUAUCGGGUUCAAAACUGCUCCCACUUGCGCUACCCUCUCGUGGUGUGUCGACAACGAGAGCGGACGCCGCGCGUACGGAUGGAUGAAUGUGUGUAGCUGUGUGCAGCAGCAGCAGCAGCGGCAGCGGCAGUGUUGUUCAGCAGGACUUCGGAGCAAGAGAGCUCUACCCGCUAUCGAUUAUGUUCCAGUAUGCUCUGACACUGAUGGAACAAAAACCGGUUCAUCAUACGGAGACUACAACAGACGGUUGUAGCUUUCGGAGAUCCCGCGAGACCCUAAGAUGGGGCGAGCAUCCUGAGCAAAAGAAAUAUCGUUUUCGGCCUGUCAUUCAGCUCGCAGGAGUGAUCGUUAGCGUGUGUGUGGUGAUGGUGUUUGAAACGCUAGUGCGAGUGUAAACGUGCGGCUAUCAAGGCACGAUCAUGACAACCGUGUAUUCAUCACGCACGAUAGUUGUUGCAGUGCAGUAUUGGAGCCUUCAGCAAGCGAAACAUAGUAUUCACCACCAUCGCAGUAAGAGCGGCGUAUCGAUGGCCUUGUACAUGUAGAUUUGUUGUUAACUUUGACUGAUGUGAAGUGCAAGCAUUACGAUAUAAGUCAAGAUAACAUUAGCCAUGAUCGUGUAUCGUAUGUCGGCAUAUCAGCUAUAUCAACGAUCGUAGUGUAAAUUACCCCCUCUACCAGAUGGCCAUUUGAUCCUAGGGCUAAAAGUCCUGUGGGAGAAACUGAUCCCAUUGUGCAAUAGUAGUGUUGGUGCGUAAUGAACGUAAGAGCGGCAACUUAAAGUUCGUGUAGCGUGAAGAAUUAAGUUAAGGUGUUGAAUGUGUGUGUGUGUGUCUGUGUGGAACCGAUAGAAUUACUUCCGCCAAGUAGUGCAGAGUGCAGAAGAGCGGUGCGCAGUGAGUGCGGUGUACGAGAGCGGGGAGAACUCGCUACUUCUCUUUCGGGGACUAUCACCUUAGUGUUUGUGGGUGCACGCACGCAUAUCGGCGCGGCGUGACCACAAAGCCACCGGCACCAACGUCUGUAUGGAUGCGGGAGGACUCCCAGUAUUUCCGGGUGCUAAUCAGGCCAAUCACCUGAACAGUCUUCACCUGCAGCAGCAACAGCAGCAGCAAGCGCAACACCACCAGCUGACGCUGCAGCAGCAGCAGCAGAUGCAACUGCUGAGCAACCACAACCUUCACCAACAGCAGCAGCAGCAGCAACAACAUCCGCAGCAGCUCCUGCAGCAGCACCAGCUUCAGCAGCAACAUCAGCAGCAGCCCCUGCAACAGCUUGCCCAGGGCGGCGAGGUUCCCCAGAAACGUCAGGCGGUAUUCGACAGGCUGAAGCGACGCAUCGAAACCUACCGGCGGCGGCAAACCGACUGCACGCCUCGGUUCGAGCAGACCUACAGCGGGAUCUGCGAGCAGCAGAGUAUCGAAACGACCGCACUGCAGAAGAAGUAUCUCGAGCAGAAAAAUAAACGAUCGCUGAAGAAGACGGAGAAGAAGCAGGCGGAACAGCAGCAACUUCAGCAGCAGCAAACCCUGUCCGGCAAUCUGCAAAGCAGUGUUCAUGUGCAACAAAAAUUCCUUAAGCGGCCUGCUGACGACAUCGAUUCCGCCUCCGAUUCCUAUGAGCCACCGGUGAAACUACAACACAACGGAUCGGAGAAUCUGACCAAAUUCUCGGUCGAGAUCGUGCAACAGCUGGAGUUCACGACAUCCGCCGCUAACUCGCAACCUCAGCAGAUCAGUACAAACGUGACGGUGAAGGCACUCACCAAUGCGUCCGUCAAGAGCGAAGGAUCUACGGCAAAUGGUGGUCCGGGCGGCGGUGGGCUUGGCGGAACUGGAGGUGGUAAUGGAAUGUCUGGGCAGCAACAGCAGCAACAACAGCAAGCCACCAACAAUCCCACACCGUCCCCGCACAUGCACGAUCUCGGCAAUAUUGUCGACUUCAAGCAGGAGCCGGAGAACGAGUUUGCGGACCUUUCGGCAGCGCUGGAAAAGGACGCGGCGGCCAACGGGCAUUUUCCGGGACUGUCGGACUUCAUUGGGGACGAUACGAACGAUGAAAACGACACCUUCAAGGAUCUCAUAUCGGAUCUCUCGGACUUCCAGUCCGAUUUUCUCGACUUCGAGGAAAAACCCCAACCACCGAUGCAGCCACAAGGACAGCAGCAGCAGCAGCAGCAGCCAUCAUCACACCAGCAGCAGUCACAGAUGCAGCCACAGCAGCAGCAACACCACCAGCAUCAACAGCACCAACAGCUUAUGCAGUCGCAGCAGCAGCAUAUGCAGCAACACCAUCCACAGCAACCACCCCAUCAUCAGCUGCAGCAUCAACAAAUGCAUCAUCAACACACUCAGCAGCAGCAGCAACAACAACAGCAAUCUCAACAACAUCAGGCCCAUCCUGCAGCAGGUGGCGGGCCACAAAUGUUGUCAGCCCUUCAGCAACAGCAGCAACACCUUCGAACACAUCCUCAACACCUGCAGCAGCAUCUGCAGCAGCAGCUUCAACACCAUCAGCAGAUCGAGAUAAAGCAAGAGAAUUGCAUCAAACAGGAGCACCCCAGCCCGGGGCUGCUGGACAAUAUGGGCAUCAAGCGAGGCGGCCCAUUAACUCCACAACAGCAGCAGCAGCAGCAGCAGCAGCAGCAGCAGCAGCAACAGCAACAGUAUUCAAAUGCAUUUGGCGACGGCAUAAGUGGGCCCGGCAAUGGGGCGGGCGCUGGACCAAUGACAAAGCAGCGGCCCGGCUCCGGCUACGGCAAUACUCAAAACGGUCCCAUGUCCGAACUUUCGCCUGCCGCCCAAACACUUAAACACAUGGCCGAGCAGCACCAGCACAAGAACGCUAUGAAUAUGGGCUUCCCGCGCAGUGGUCCGCAAGGUCCGCAAGGUCAGCAGCGGCCGCCACCGUUCUCGGAGUUUGGCCAAUUUCCUGGGAACGAUUUUAUAAACUCCCCGGUCGGUGGAACGGGUGGUCCAGUGGUGGGUGGUAACGGUGCGGUCGGAACCGGUACGUUACCACUUAGUGGUGGUGGUGCACCCGUAACCGGUACUGGUGGUGGUGCCGGUGGUCCUGGCAAUGGGCCCGUACCGGGCGGCCAGUUUCACAAGGGCAAUGUGCCACCGUUCCCUGGCGCAGACUUGAUAAAACAGGAACUGUUUGCAUCGCAGAACGAUUUCGAUCUCAAACCCACGCUGAACCGUUUGCAGUCCUCGAUGGGUCCGAACGGUCCCAAGAUUGGGCCGGUGCCUGGUGGGUUCGUUAAAACGCCCAACCAACAGCAGCAACAGCCCUCUGCACAACAGCAGCAGCAACAACAAUCCCAGCAGCAGCAGCAGCAAUAUUCUCCAUAUGGCUCGCCGGGAGGCUUACCGAACCAUGGCGGAAGUCCCGGGCCAGGGUUUAUGCCUGGACCGAGAGGAGCUAGCUCUGGACCCGGUAUCGGACCGAACCAAGGACCGGCUGGCGGUCCCAACGUUGCUGGGGCAGGUGGUCCCGGUGGUCCUGGUGGUCCUGGUGGAGGUGGCGGUGGUGGAGGUGGAGGAGGAGGAGGAGGUGGCGGCGGCGGAGGAAAUAAUAAUACGGGUGGUGCUGGCGGCAACGGUGGCUCGAACAAUGGUAUGCCUCCCCGUGGUGGUGGUCCCCCUAACGGAGGACCGAUGCCGGGAGGACCAAACUCAACGAUGCUUCAGAUGAAACAAACGCAACAGUUGCACAUCAGUCAGCAGGGUCCGGGGGGUCAUGGUAUUCAGGUAAGCACCAACUGCGAAACUACUAUUGCCCGCCAGUCCAAACGGAACAACAAAACUGUACACACGGUUUCAGCUGGACAGCAUCUGCAUCUUAGUGGCGAUCUGAAGUCGGGCGUGUCCGUUGCAGCACAGCAAGGCGUUUUCUUUAGUCAGCAACAAACUGCACAGCAACAGCAGCAAAAUCAGCAGCAGCAACAUCAACAACAGUCGCAUCCCCAGCAACAUCAGCAACAUCAUCAACAUCCCCAGCAUCAACAGCACCAGCAACAUACGCAGCAGCACCAGCAGCACCAACCACACCAACAGCAGCACCAGCAACAACAUGGUCAACAUCCGCAACAUCAACAGCAUCACCCGCAGCAGCAACAUCCGCAGCAUCAGCAGCAUCCGCAUCAACAGCACCAGCAGCAUCAUGCCCAACAGGCCGGACCGAAGCAGCAAGCGCAGCAGCAGCAGCAGCAGCAGGGCAAACAAUCCGGUCCCGGCGGCAUGGGCAGCUUACCCGGGGGAAUGGUCGGCGGACCGGGCGGUGUCGGUAAUGUUGGGGGCAACAACGGCGGACAGCAGCCAACAAUGCCGAACGGUGCCGGACAGGGCACCAAUGCGGGCAACGUCGGUGGAAACGGUCCAACGUUGGGAGGUGGCCAUGGACCCAACCAAAAUCAUUCUCAAAAUCAAGUGCCCAAUUCUCAAGGAUCUUCUAUUGUUAACGAGGCGCAAUAUACUGUUUCACAAUCGCAAACAAUCAACUUUACGCAACAAACGUUACGGGCGAGGCAGCAACACCAGGUUAACGCAAAUGUGGGCAUGUCGAACGGUGCUGGUGCUGGUGGAGGAGUUCCCCAGCAUCAGCAGCAACAGCAACCCGGACCCGGUAUGGGAGGACCAACGCAAAACCCAUCUCAGCAGCAACAGCAGCAACCGCAGCAACAGCAAACACACGCGGGUGGACCACAAAGCGGUCCAGGUGGACCCGCUCCCGGCGGUGGCGGAACGGUCCCACCCGGUAUGGUUGGCGGCAUGGUCGGCCCGGGAGGCAUGGGAGGUGGUGGCCCGGGUAGUGGCGUCGUUGGCAUGGGACCGAACGCAAACGUUCCCAUGGGUAUGGGUGGCAUGGGCGGAGGUGGUGGUCCAAACGGUGGCGCCGGUGGUAUUAGCGGCCUGAAUUCGAUGGUGUCGACGUCGAUGGCCCCGGGAGCAGGCAGUGGACCGGCAAGCGUAAACGGUGCUGGUGCAAUGAUGCAUGGCGGAGCAAUGAGUGGCCCCGGCACGGGCACGGGUGGUCCCGGUGGUGGGCCGGCAGGAGCAAUGCGACAUGCGGAACAGAUGAAAUUUUUGCAGCAGCAGCAGCAGCAGCAGCAAAUGAUACGAGCCCAAGCGAUGCAGCAGCAGAUGGUGGCCGGAGCACGACCACCGCCUCCCGACUACAAAGCAACGCAGCAAGCGAAUCCAGCAGCAGCGGCGGCAGCGGCAGCCAUGAUGCAACAGCAACAGGCACAGCAGCAGCAGCAGAUGUUACACGCCGGUGGACGUUUUCCGGCCAUGCGAAGAAUCACACAGCAACCGAUUCCUCCGAGCGGGCCGAUGAUGAGAGCGCAACAUGCAGCGUACAUGCAACAGCAGCAGCAGAUGGCUGGUCAUGGUGGUCCGCGGGGUGGUGCCGGUGGAAUGGUCGGUGGUUUCGGGGGAAGUGGUGGACCGAACGUUGGAGUUGGGCCUGUCGGACCAGGCAGCGGUACGGGUGGUGGAAGUGGUGGUGGUGGUGGUGGUGGUGCUGGACCAGGUGCCGGCCCUGUAAUGACAGGACCCGUCGUACAGCGGCCCCCGAACGUGCAGGUUGGUCCCGAAGGCAUGCCAAUAGGUUCGCAGCAGGCCGAGUGGCGACAUAUGAUGGCGAUGCAGCAGCAGCAAGUCAAUUUCGGUGCCACUAGUGGUGGAAGCAUGCGGCCAGGAUUUGGUGGUCCCGGCAGUGGUCCUGUGGCUGGACCGAAUGGUGGUGGUGCAGGACCCGUCGCACGGCUAGAUUCCUCCGUUGGACCUAACGGCGGUCCCAACGGUCCCGUUGGUGCCGGUGGGCCAAUUUCCGGCGGUGCUGGUGGUGCCGGAGCCGCCGGUGGCAAUGCAACCGUACCGGGAAUGGGCGCGAACGGACCCAACAGCGGACCGGGUGGACCAACCGGCGCCAACAGCAUGACGGCGAUGCAAAUGCAGAUGAUGCGCCAGCAAAAUCUUACCAUGUACCAAGGCCAAGCCAGCAACAAUAAUGGUGGACCGAUGAGCCAAAUGCAAAUGCUUCAGCACCAGCAGCUUCAGCAGCAGCAGCAGCAGCAAAACAUGAUGAACCAAAUGCAGAUGAGCCAGAUGCACAUGUCUCAGACGCAAACCAUGUCAAUACAGCAGCAGCAAAACCAACAAUCUGUGAUGAACACCUUUACAACGCAAUCGACGCAACAGUCCACCACAACGACGAUGAUCAGUGGAGGUGGCGGCAGUACGGGCGUGAAUGGGAGCAUCAAUCCGGGCAACAUGCUUACCGGUCCCGGAGGCCCUGGAUCGUCGGCGACCGGUCCGAACAGCAAUAAUGGGAACAACAAUAGCAACAACGGUAAUAACACUGGCGGCGGUCCCGGCAACACCGGCAACAACAAUGGCGGCGGCGGCGGUGGCGGCGGUGGCGGCGGCGGCAACAACAAUUCCUCCGAGUUCCUAGCGUUCCUGGAAAAUCUGCCGGUGGGUGAUCCGAACCAGUUUAAUGCGCAGGAUCUACUCAACUCACUCGACAAUGAUAGCUUCAAUCUUCAGGACAUUCUGUAAGCCACGCGCCAAUGGUGCUGUGCAGGUCCCUCGAAACAAUUCCAAAGGUACUCCAGGAAGUACGUAGUUCCUCUGCACCCACCUCCCCACCCCACCCCCCCCCCCCUGCCUCUCUGUUAUCGGUUGUUAUAUUUAUUUUCUAGUAGAAAGCAUACACCACUAUUACGACUACUACUACUACUACUACUCUUCACCCAUGCUCUUAGUGAAUACGGUAAAAAGUAACUAAACACGAUAAAAGACAAAUCAAAAUGUAACGAACGAAGCAGUUCGCGCAGGGUCCUGGAUUUCAAUUGACCCCCUCGGUAGAACAAUCGCAGAAGAAGGCACCCAACAGGAGGUGUGCCCACGUGUGUGUGUAUAUAGGUAGUGUUUCCACGUUCUUCAAUGCUGUGUACCCGCCGAACAACCCAUUGACGAGGCGAGCGGAUUUUCAACUUUUGCUACAAAAGUGGGUCCGUUAGACGUAUUUCGCAUAUUUAAAUGCCCAGUAGAAACAAAAAAGUUUUAUUCCUUUUCGGUGCUCUCACUCUCUCUCUCUCUUUCUCUCGCAAUCAACUUACUGCUGUAUUGCUUCUUCUUUCCGGGUGGGAUGACGACGAAGCUUACGGGACACAGAUAGCUGAUAGAAUACAAGGCGGAACAGUGCGCUCCCACUUUCAAACCCAACCGCUUCCAUGUUGCGGGAUGGGUGGUAGUGUGCGCAAAGCUUUCCGCGUUAAACGUACAACAUCCGCAAGUUAGUAGUAGAGGUUAACAUAAAAUAUGUAGUAGAAAUAGUGUUGAGAGCGAGCGGGCCGUUGAUACGAGAACAGAGCAGUACACGCAAAACAAAAACACGACCGGGGUCUGGGGAGCCGGCACCGGGGGAGCAUCUAUUUGAUUGACAAACAUUCCUCCUUUUCUUUUUGUUUGCUAUACUUAUAGUGCGUGGAGUAGUGUGCACACCUACUCAUAGACCUAGUGCGCGAGUUCCUUUGCAACUCCCUUUGGUGGCCACUAGCGCGCCUUUGCCUCGACUUACGUUUGCCCGCAUAUUUACGGGUGGGUUGGGAUUCCUUUGACACUGUUCCAUGUCUCGAGCCUAUGCGUACAUACAUAUUUAUCUCCUACUACGCCUUUACCAAACUACAAUCAAUAAGCGCGUUCGGGUAAGGCAGUUUCUGUUUAGAAAACCGUUCACUAAUGUGUACCAUGGGGAUCAAGAGAAUUGCGGUUUUCUUGCAAAGAAAGCUAACAAACGUAACUCAGCAUUGGUCGCAUUGAUAUGCAGUAGCACCUCGGUAAACAUAUAUCUAUAUAUAGUUUUUUGAAACCUUCUCUUCUGUAUUAUAAUAGCCCUUGUGUACAGCUGUAAGAUUCGUGUGUGUUCGUUUUAUGUAUUUAAAAAAACAAAAACAGGCAGAGAGAGAGAGAGGGAGAGAGAGAGAUAGCGGUAUGACCAAUAUUAUUUAAUAUUUUGUUUCGAUUUUAAGGUGCGUGUUGUGCUGCAUGUUGUAACUGCUGUGUGGACACCCUGAUCAUUGUGAUGCACACACACAAUCAUGCAGACACACACACACAGCACUGCAACUACUAUACGAUAGAGAAAAAAAAACCGGGGCGGGUGGGAGAAAUGGCGUAGCGUUUAGCAGUAGAUGAACAUUCUAUUAUAAAAGAGUAAAAAGAUCCAUUUAUAUAUAUAUAUAUAUACAAACAGAUAAACAAACACUGAACCCCAUUGUAAACAUGGAAGUAGAAAAGCAUUAAAAGCAAAACCAAUUAAUCCAAAACAGUACUACACCUAAGUGUAUAGAGAAAAACAAAACAGUAUGUAUACAAAAGCAAGCGAAAAUCGGACGGUAGCAUAGAGCAAAUGAUGGAGGACAUUGAUGGCAGGAUGCAGAUAAACUAUGGUAAUCAAAUCAACAUGUGUAACCAAAUCAAAUUUUAUUACAAGCGAAAAGAAGCAUCUAGUAACGGUCAUCAUCAAAUCGGACACGGACGCGGUACUGGGGACAGUUUGUGUGUGUUUUUUAGUGAACUGAUUCUUUAAUUAGUUGAAGUUUUAAAACACUCCAACUUCUACUGCUGCAUUUCGUUGAACACGAGCCUAAUCUUGUCAAUUAAAAUUCGGCACCGUACCCCGGGGAAACGUUCCGUGUGAAGAUCCAACCAAUCACAAUGGUUUGCGUUUGCUGACUUUCCCUUCAUUUUGUGAUAAUAUGCUCUACUGAUUUUUGUUUUAAAUGUAAAAUAAUUUUACUUACACCUGUUUCCAAGCUACAGUCGAAUCGCUCACCGCUUGCUUCGAUUUGCGCACCUUCACCGUCGAGUACGCGACAUGACAUGAUCGAAUCACGUGCUACUAUGAUCGGUUUUUGCAAAGCUCUUCUUUCAAGCGAACAUUAAUGGAUAUCGGCACGUGAUUCCAUGGUAACGGCGAAUGUGAUGCGACCAUGCACAUGGAAGCAAACGGUAAGCGAUUCGGCUGUCACCGGAAACACAGAUGCAACUUGCCCCACCCCAAACAAAAUAUUUGAAAUUUUACACUUAAAUUAUCAUUUAAACCUUAUCGUGCAUCCCGUGUAAUCGACGUUACCUCUUUUUAAGCGAUGCCAAUUGAACAAACUAUGCUCGUGGUAGGGGAAAACAUUUAAAGAAAAAACACUUAAGGAACCGGAUUUUUAGGUAAAUAAAGACCCCAACAAUUUUUAAAGUCACAUUUGCAUCAGCUGAAGUAGAACCACAAACGCACCAUGACUCAUACCAAUAGGACAAAUUUAAACAACCGGCUACCGCGUACAUGACCACCAGGGUUUUAGUUUUUCCUUCUCCUUCCAAAUCGCAAACCCAAUUACACUGAGUAUCGUCGAGAAAGGCAAGAAAUCGCUGCAGCAAAUAGUGAUUGAUGUGAUUUUCCUUCCUUCGUUAACUUAUUUCGGCAAAGCCACGGGGCCGAGGCGCCCCAUCGUACUAUUCCGGUGCGAAAGGAGCCAGGCAGACAGACAUGUUUUGGGUGCGUGUUCAUAAUGUGAUGUAAAUAUUGAUUUCUUACGUGGAAUUGUAUGUGUGUGUGUCCAAUUGUGAGCAGUGCCCCGGGAAAGAAUUACUGUGAAAAAAGUAUUUUUCGAAAGCCUUUGAUGCAUUGGACUUUAUAGAUUGAAAAAACAAAAAAACAGCACAGCAAAACACAUGCAUUACUUAGUAGCAUUAAAAUGCAGCCGGUUUCUUGUUUGUUUUUUUGUUUUAGUAAUUUUUAAUGGCAAGAAAAAACAAAAAGGAAAAAGAACCACACGCCGUAACGAGCGUACUCCGCCUAGAAACGAUAGGAUGAUUGAUUUCGGAACGUGCGCAAGGGUCCGGUUUUUUAAAAUGUAUUAUUUUUGUUCGUUAGUUCGUUCGUUCGUUUUUUUCACUCCACAUGUGUACUUCUAUUGACAAUUAUUAUAUGAUAAUGAUAAAGCAAAGCAUUGAAAGGAAAGGACAUACUGCAUUGCACAGGACAGAAGUGUUAGAAUGGACGUUUGUUUGCAUUGCGGAAUAAGAAAAGGUAAACAAAACUAAUCUAAAUAUUCAACUGAUGAUGAUGAUGAUGGUGAAAGACAUCAUACGGGAGACGAGAAGAAAGGAAGGGAAAAGGAUUGCAAGUGUAUAAAAAAAAAAAAACAGACAAACAAAAUCGAACAGGAACAAACGAUUUAUUGAAAUAUAGAUAAUUAAAUUGAA